AGGGCGGCCUCGCCCGGCGCAGCUUUCGGGCACAGCGCCGCGUCGCACCGGCCUAAGGCGGCCGAGCUCGGGCGCCCGAGGCGGGUGGGAGCGCGCGGGAGGCUCCCGCAGGUGUGCGGCGGCGGCGCAGCAUCCUUCCUGCCGCCGGCCCCGCGACGCGUGGCUUGGAGCCGAUGAUGUCCCGGGCCCGCGGCCCCCCGCGCCGCCCCGAGAUCCACUCGGCUCUCCCCGGCUGCUCGGUCCGGUCCGGGCUUUCUGCUUGGCUAGCGGCACCUAAGGGGUCUGAGCCCAAAGCCGGUUGAAGAACUAUGGAAGCCAACCCCGAACUGGUCGUCGGCACUGUUUGUUGUAGCUUUGCCGUCUUUCAGGUUCUUUUCCAUUUUAUAAGUUACUGGUUUUCAGCAAAAGUCUCUCCAGGUUAUAAUAGUCUUAGCAUCGAGAAGAAGAUUGAAUGGAACUCAAGGGUAGUGUCUACGUGCCACUCUUUGCUGGUUGGGAUUUUUGGCUUAUACCUCUUCUUCUUUGAUGAGCCUACCAUAGCUGAUCCACUCUGGGGUGAUUCAACGCUUGUGAAAUUGAAUAUCGCUACUGCUUCAGGCUACCUCAUUUCUGAUUUAUUGAUUAUACUUUUGAAUUGGAAAGUGAUCGGCGACAAGUUUUUUGUAAUUCACCAUUGUACCGCUCUAACGGCAUACUGCUUUGUAUUGAAAGAUGGAGUGCUUUCAUACAUUGCCAAUUUUCGCCUGCUUGCCGAGCUCUCCAGCCCCUUUGUGAACCAGAGGUGGUUCUUUGAAGCCCUGAAGUACCCCAAGUUUUCCAAAGCCAAUGUCAUCAAUGGAAUCCUCAUGACAGUGGUCUUUUUCACAGUGCGGAUCAUUGCAAUACCGCCUCUGUAUUUCUUUAUGUACUCCGUGUACGGAACAGAGCCCUACAUAAGGCUUGGAUUUGCAGUCCAGUGUAUCUGGAUCACUACUUGUUUUGUUUUGGAUGUGAUGAAUGUCAUGUGGAUGAUCAAAAUUACAAAAGGAUGCAUCAAGGUUAUCUCUCUCAUCAGACAGGAGAAAGCCAAGACUAGCCUUCAGAAUGGGAAACUCGAUUAAAGGCGUGCUUCAUCAAACACCUUUGCUUCCAUAAGCCAUUUUCAUGCCUCCUCACGCCGUGUCUACUAAUAGAUGAGUUCCUGGCAUGCUCUUAUGCUGCUCUAUUAGUUAUGAUUGUUAUUCAGGGUUUCAGUGUUUUCUUCCCUCUCUCUUUUUUAUAUUUAGAAAAGAGAAAAUAAAAUUUAGUUUUCACUCCCAAGAGUUCUUUCCUUCUGCAUUUUGAGCAUGGAUAGGAAUUGAAAGGUUUAAAUAAAAGUUAUAAGUAGAGUCGUGAAACUUUACUGAACUCUCAGUGCACAUGGGGAUUAUUCUCUGCAGAAAAAUGACUGGUAAUUUGGUGGCCUUGAUAUGCCACCCGUUUUGCUGAAGGAAUGAGAACUGCUUUUGAGUCUGUAAGCCGCUCAGUUUAUUGUGCUGUGUUCUCUUCUAAUGUCGGUGCCUGUGUAGGGUUUAAUUUCUAAGUUGCUAACACAUCCUUUCCUUUAGGCCAUCAGAAAUGACACAAUUUCAUCUGGAUAUGCAUUCAUCUGUUAUGAUGGAGUAUUUCACUCACUUUGACAAUAUCAUGUUUGAAAACAUUUCUUGCAUUUUAAGAUUUCAGAUGCCACUUUUUUUGUAUGUUUAGUGCUUUAUCCAACUAUAUAUUUUUUUUUAUUUUAUUGUCAGGCCAGGUUUAAGACCCAUUGUGUGGACCUUAGGGAUGAAGGUCUUUUAAAAGUGCAUGCUGAUAAAUGACUACUUAGGCUACUAGGAGGAUGCACUAGGAACGUGACUUCAGUAUCUCUGCCUUCCCCUCUGUUUCCCUGUACUUUUUCCAUGAAAAAUAUCUUUCUUCUUGCAAAAUCUUCCCUGAGUUCCAAACCUGACACCAGAAUACCAGUCUUUCCCAGAAUGCAUCUGUCAUGCUCCUGAAAUCAGCCUUGUAUGGGUAAAACUACAGACAAGUGUAGUGUUUGUGUUUUCUUCAUAGACUUUACUCAGGCUUGCUAAUUUCCUCUUUGCUUUCUUAUUCUUGAGCACGAAGGAAGGAAGAAGGUGGUUUAACCCCAAGUAUUGAGGUUAUCAAAACUAUCAUUCUAUGUGAAGGAAGUGUGUGUGUGUGUGUGUGUGUGUGUGUGUGUGUGUGUGUGUGUGUGUGUAUACGUGUGUACUUUUACUUUGGUUCUUGCAGUCCAAAUAGAGAAUAGAAUUAUAUAUUUAGCUAUUAUUGCCUUUAUUUAUUUUCUUCUGAAGUACUUGACUUUAAUGAUUGUUCUUAAGAAAAAAAGAGUCUUAAUUCAAUUAGUGGUGAAUACUUGAAUUUAACUGAACCUAAGCCAAAAGAUCUAAUCCAUAGAGAGUCUUGGAUUGAAGGAGAGAGUUAGACUCUCUUUCAUCAUUCAUCUUAUAAUGAGGAAAGGAGGCUAGUGGAAUGUAAUCAAAAUAUUUAAUGUAAUGCAGCUUAAUUUAAUUGUCUAAUACAGAUAGAGUCUGGCAAGACCUAGUAUGUUUAAAGAUGGAAAUUGAAAUUUCAGUCAAUCAAAUGAUAAAAUCAGGUAUAUUUACUUUUGAAAGAUAAGGUAAUGUAAAAGACAGGGCUGCUUCUUUAAAGCAGCUAAUGUUACAUUGAUAAUGGCUUGCUGAGUUUAUUGCUGUCUGCAUCAUAGGCACUCAAGAGUAUUGGUUGUCUAAAGGGUGAAGAUGUAGGAACGCAAGUGGUUUUAUAUUGCUCUCAGCUCUUUUACAAGAAAAGUGGGUUUGCUUUUUUUUUAAGGAAAGAAGACAUUUAUAUUAUAAAAUUAUUUUGGAAAUGCACUAAAAAAGGAAUAAAUCUUGAGAUAAAUAUUUUUGACUCUUUGGAUAUUGCUACAGUUCUAAACACAGAUUUUAAACUCACCGUCAAAAUGAUGACAGCAUAUAGCUAGGAAUCUCCAUGUAGGCAAUAAUUGUUUCCUGCUUGAAAGGUCAUGGCCAUUACUUUUCAUUGAUUGGUAUAGCCAGUCAUCAAAUAAGUAUAUUCAGAAUAUCAAACGUUAGACUAAGAUUUGUCAUCCUCUUGGUCACAAUCCUUAUUAGUGGCAGCAUCCAAAAGUCAACUCUCCAUGCUUUUUCAUAGAAGAGAAACACCAUGGAAAUGCUCUGUAAACUGCCACUGUAAGCCAGCCCUUCAAUGGGCUGGAUUUUGCUGUUCUGUGAUUAUGUUUAUCAACCUAAAAUACAAAUAAAGACAGAACAUAAUAUUUACUAAAACAAUGAAAUUUUCAUUUAUUGAAUGACAAAUUUUUGCUAGAUAUUUUAGAUAUUAAGUAUUUUGGCUACGUGGAUUAAUUUAAAUGAGUCUAUUAGGCAUUCUGAUAUUUAACAACUCUUAAAAUCUUUAUAGAAAAUAAAAGCAAAUUGGUAUAAAUUUUUAAGCAAUUCUAUUUUUCUAGAAAAAAUUAGUGACAAUCUGAAUGUGUAGCACUCUAGAAAAUGUCUCAUGACACUUAAAAAAGAGCAAAAAUAACUAAUAGCAUGCAAGGUCGUGGAUCCUGCAUUCAGUAUUUUACGUGUGAGACUGAAAUUUUCAAGCUUGGGUUUAUAGAAUUUGCACUCUUGUGUCUAAAAUCAUUUAGAGGAUUGUCUGCAUUUAUUUGAAAUUCAAAAUGAAGUUACGCAUGCAUUACGCAUGCAUGCAAAGAAAUUAACUCAAACUACUAUGGUAUGUUGUUGGCUUUUUAAAUUUUAACUACUUUUUGUUGGUUCAUGGGCCAGUUAUGGAAGAAUGGUAGGUUGUUACCAUCACUGAGAGUCAGUUUGCUCUGUUAUGGAUAAACUGGGUCCAUAAGGGUCUGGUUGGAAAAUUGCCUAGUUUAUAGGUAUUUGGAUGAAACUCUUUCAUGAAUUUUAAUAAUUUGUUUAACUCAGUUUUUGUUCAAGUGUCAGAUUUUUUAAUUGCUUCCUCUGAGACCUUGGGCAUUUGGAGACAAGUUUUUCUUGAGGAUUCAUGGACUGCUGGUGGCAUUUCUUAGGCAUUUGGAAAUGUCGUUUGUCACAGAGGCACAGAGGGAAAAGUACCAUCCUAAUGUACAUGUUUUUUGCCUUUCAUUUUUAAGAAAAACCAACAUGUCCCACAAGACUCUAUUAACAAAUCUGGAUAAGUCUGUUCCUGCAUUGUUUCAAGUAUGUAAAUCAGCAUCCUAAAGACCUGUGUAUUUGCAUUGCCUUGCUUUGAGUACUUCAGUGGCUUGUGCAGUUGAAAAGCCCACAUAGUUAUGGGCAUCAAUAAUGUUUCAUAAAGCUUAUGCAUUUGUGUGUUUUGGAUUUCAUCGAAAGCAAACUUUUUUUUUUUUUUUGUCACAAGAAUGGCACAGUGCUUUUCGGCAGGUGUGAGCCAACACACCAGUGAGAAUCUUCCUGUGUGAAGAGACUCUGAAAGCGCACACACACCUCCUGGCCUUAACUACAGUUGGCUCACACUAAAGCUACUGAAAGCCAACCCUGAUGUGAGCAGAAAUGAGAAAAGCCCAUAGGACCUGGUGUGGGAGGAGACAGCAAGACUGCUUUUGCUUUCAAAGAUGGUAUUUUCUUCCUCUAUUGAGAAUUUUCUGUGUGAGCUCACCUGGCUUGCCCUUCUCUACUCUCUAAUGCCCCACAGACUUCACUGUCCCCUUUCCAUAUGCCAGGACCUUUCUGUGUCAACUUCUGAGACAUCCCCAGUCAUCUGUAUGCUUCUCAAUCUCUUGCGGCAAGUUUCAAAGUUUACGAAUAGGUUCUUUCAUGGAAACAAGCAUUGUAGGAAGUUUAAUAAAGAAAGAUCUGACAAACUACAAUUAUUAAUAGGCUACAGGAAGCCAGCAGCAUGUAAUAAUACCUGUUUACAACAUGAAACAAAGGUAAUUAUAGUUUUAUUAAACAUCUGUAAGCUCUUAAACUGGUUUAGCAAUAAGAGUUUUACAAAGUGUUUCAGCUAGGGAUUUAUUGUAGGCGUAUUAAUGAUAUAAAUGUUCUUUAUAGACCCCUUGGCAGUAUUGAGGGUGUAAAAUGGAGCUGUUUUGAUGAGGACAGGGUCUGGCUUGUGGUAAAUUGUUUUAGAGUCUUGCUUUUCAAAUAGAAAAGCCUUCUGUGGUACUGUUUAUUUAAAAACAAACUACUAGCUGAUGAGUUAAUGUUUCCUGGAGUUCAACACCCUGGGACUUGAGUCCUGGUACCUUUGUGACCCAGACUUGAGCUUCUAGUUUCUUGAUAGUAUGUCAUACUUUGUUUUCGAUAGCAGAAGGCAGCUUCAAAAGAUGGAUUUGUUUGCAUAAAAAAAAGUUUACAUUUAUUUAUCCACUCUGAGCAGCAGUUUUGAUAUCAGGCCCUACACAAAAGACCAAACACAAUGGAAAUGAUUUCUAAAUCACAGAUUUAUAAGCUCUAUACCUCUGGCUGGAAACUUGUUAGACACCAUCUCAAACUUUUUUCUUUGCAUUUUUAUGUAAGUCUAUUAUGUGUGUUAUAAUCAUUUGCUCCUUUUUGGCUAAUUGAACCUAAAAAUAUAGCUGUAAAUAGAAAGUGCUCUGUAUUUUGUUUCCUGCUCGAUGGGUUUCUGUAGGAUUAUGUCUGCUUUUUACUUAGGGAAUUUUUGUGUAAAUGAUAGUCCUAAAAGUAGGGUAAGCUACGACAUUUUUUGGUUAUUGAAUUUGUAAUAACAUUUCAACAUAGAUCUUAUUUGCAAAGGCCACUUUAAAACUGGGGUACAUGCGUUAACUAUAGUGAUAUGUACAAUUUUUCUCUGAUGCUAUAAUAUAUAAUAUUGUCAUAAAGAUUUUGGAAGCCUCUCAAAAUAUGCUUAAUAACUUAUUUCCAUAAGACUGAAGAGUUUUAUUUAUAAAACAUAAGACCAGAUAAUUUAUAAACCAGUAUUACUAAGAUGUAUCAGUAAUUAAGAUACAAUUGAGUUUCUUUGAUUUUGGUUUCUGGUUGUGCUUUGUUUGAAGGGAUAGUAAGUAUCUUUUCAGAACUUUCAGUAAAAUUUUGAAAUGUUUGUAAUCUUUGUAUGUGUGCCAUUUUACAGUUUAUGCAAGUUCUAAGCAAUAACCUGCAUGUUCUACCUGGUCAGCAUCUGUUGUCAUGACAGUUUCCUUUAAUAUUAAGAAUGACACAAAUCAACAUUGUAGAACCCACCCCUCUCCCAAUGAACACCUUGGGAUUUUCUUGUGUUAAAACACUACUAUCACGUGGUGCAACACUUUGUAUUUUGUGAAAGAAAAAUAAAGCCACAAUUAUUUAGUGCAAAA